CCCCACUGACCCAAAGCCAGCCUGCGCUCCUCUCCUGGCACUCUAUGGACCGUUCAUCUUGAACUCGCAAAUACACCACCACCUUCCUGUAGCGACGUUCCCAUACAAUACGCAAAUGGACGUUCAUGUACUGUAUCUGCAUUGAUCAGCCAUACGUCAAUUCAACUCGACCAAGCCACAGCCAUUUCUUCGACCAUUGUUGGCCCACGAACACACACCACACGUCAACACACUCCUAUUGCACUCCUCCAACGUUGUUAUUGUCGCCCGAAUUGUUACCCAGCGACUCGCUUUCCUACAAUGAGGAAUUGACAUAAUCUCUCUGACGCCGCAUUCCCACACAAUCGGACUCUUCCCAUCCAGACCCUCGUGCCCAUCAUCUUCGGCAUCCACCUAGCCUCAUACGGAUGAAACAGUAACAGCUUGUUUCGUUUGUGUCAAAAGAGGUGGCGCGAUAUUGCGACAUUUCUGUUGACGCCAUCAGUCGAGUGACAAGUCUAGGGCUCUCUAGACAACAUGAAAGGCUUCAGGCAAAGAGUGCACGAGCAGUUAUCGAGAGCGAAAGAUUCGAAUAAAUCCUCCAAGAAGAAAGACUCGUCUUCAGGCACCGCGUCUCCUCUCUCCUCCUCGACGACGCUUCCCGGCGCCGACUCCCGAUCCCCAAACGCCUCCAACGCGGCAACGCCCAACUCAUCCUCAACAAAUGUCAGUGACAUCCGAGGGAAAGGGCCCAAUAACGAAGGCGGGUUGAGCACCCAUGGUAAUACGCUACAUCACACUGGACACGGUCAAGGAACAGGUGUUGGAAGUCAACAUUUUAUGUCCCAGGGUGCUAGUCAUGGCCCUGGUGGGCCAAACACACCUGGACGCCAGGGAGGUCACAUUGCGCCCAGCGUGAUAAUCAGCCCGAGCGCUCCUCACAUCCCUGGACCAGGUGCUACUGAAACGAUGCCUGGUGACCUCGCUCCGCCGAAGGCAGGCCAGAAGUCAUUGCUCUUCGACCGAUUACAGACUACACCGAAGGACGUCCCAGAAGGCGUACGAACCCCCAAGCGACAACAUUCUUCACGCUUCGACGUUUCCGACCAAAGAGCACGAGACCUUGAGAAACUACCGGGCUUCCAUGAAGUUCCUCCGAACCGGCGGCAGGAAUUGUUCAUGCAGAAGAUAGAUCAGUGCAACAUCAUAUUCGACUUCAAUGAUCAGACUGCGGACAUGAAGUCGAAAGAGAUCAAGCGACUCGCCCUCCAUGAGCUCCUGGAUUACGUCGCCAACAACAGGUCUGUCAUCACGGAGCCUAUGUACCCUAAAGUGGUCGAAAUGUUCAGCAAGAAUCUCUUUCGCCCAGUGCCACCGCCAGUCAACCCACAAGGAGAAGCGUUUGACCCAGAAGAGGACGAGCCUGUCCUCGAAGUGGCAUGGCCCCAUAUUCAGGUGGUUUAUGAGUUCUUCUUACGAUUCAUCGAAAGCCAAGAUUUCAAUACAAAUAUCGCGAAGGCAUACAUUGACCAUCACUUUGUCCUUCAGCUACUUGAACUAUUCGACUCGGAGGAUCCCCGAGAAAGGGACUUUCUCAAAACCACACUGCACCGCAUCUACGGCAAAUUUUUAAACCUUCGAUCUUAUAUCAGAAGGUCUAUCAAUAAUGUCUUUUUCCAGUUUACGUACGAGACAGAGAGGUUCAACGGCAUAGCCGAGUUACUCGAAAUUCUGGGUUCAAUCAUCAACGGCUUUGCUCUACCCCUCAAAGAAGAACAUAAGCUGUUCCUAACAAGGGUUCUUCUUCCCAUGCACAAGGUCAAAAGCCUAAGCAUGUACCAUCCACAAUUGGCAUACUGUAUUGUCCAGUUUUUGGAGAAGGAUGCGGCCUUGACAGAAGAGGUUGUUCUCGGUCUCCUUCGUUAUUGGCCCAAGACCAAUAGUACUAAGGAGGUCAUGUUCUUGAACGAAGUAGAAGACAUUUUUGAGGUUAUGGAUCCUCAGGAAUUCGCCAAAGUCCAAGAACCGCUCUUCAAUCAACUAGCCAAAUCCGUGGCUAGCCCCCAUUUCCAAGUGGCAGAACGUGCAUUGUACUUCUGGAAUAACGAGUACUUCUGCAACCUCGUCAGCGACAAUGUCGAGACCAUCCUGCCUAUCAUGUUUGCACCUCUUUAUGAGAACUCUAAAGGUCACUGGAAUCGGACGAUUCAUGGCAUGGUCUACAAUGCUAUGAAACUGUUCAUGGAGAUCAAUCCUCAGUUGUUUGAUGAAUGUUCUCACGGGUACAGCGAAAUGCAGAACACUGCCGACGACCGUGAAAAGGCUCGUCAAGCAAAGUGGGAUAAACUCACUGAGCAAGCCAACAAAAUGAAAUCGGGAACUGAGAAGCCAAUCUCAGCUGCAACUACUACAAAGGAGGUCGAAACAGAUGCCACACAAGACAACCAAGAGAGACUCGACGCUCUCAAGUUGCACGAUGAAUCUUCAGCAACAAAAACAUCAUCGGUACGUGGAUCAAACUAGCUUCGACCAGACAGCAUGCAAACUCGUCCCCUGCUUCCACUUCCCAUACUAUCCUUCCAUUGGCUAAGAGACCAUCGUCUUAUUUUAGUGACCUUGAUGGCUGUUUCUAACAAGCACUCGAGUAAUCAGAGACGCCGAGCAGAUUCACAUGGAGGGCAAUCCAAGUCUCGGAGGUCUAACAGUGGUUCGGAAAACAAACCACGACGGCAUCGGACUCAUUCGAGCGGGUCGGUCGAUAUUCAUCACCGAACAGUACAUCAUGCCGCGCGACACGGAAGCACGCUGUCCCAUUGAUUUUGCUAUGAGCCGGGGUCACGCUUUGACAUUUUGACGACCUGUUUGGAUCUUGAAAUGCCAAUGUGAGCAAGCGUUGACUUUCAUAGAGUUUUGUGUACAUCUCGCGCAAUCAGUCGCCGAUGACUGGUACAAUGUCUGAUGAUGCGGAUAUUCUGCGUUGGCUUUUGGGAAUAGUGGUUGCAAAGUAAUAGAGUAGGAGGCCUGCAUAGUUGCCUCUUCGGAAUGAAGAUAACGAGCAAUGCAGUCAAAGGACGAGUUCUAAAGCCAAUGCAUCCUGGAUGAGGUGGACGGUGUUUGAUUGAGAUGGAGACUAUUCCACUAUGACUUUCUGCUAUUUCCUGGAGUUUCAUGGGUGCACUCACCGCUUCUCGGUCCUACCAUGUGAAAUCAUACUUCCAAAGAGGGAGGAGAGAUUUGCACGACGCCUAUCACGAAAGCUAUCUUCUUGUUACCAACGAUUCC